GGCCUAAAAAAUCACACCAGUAUAACUUCAGGCCAAUGCUGGCCUUCUCUAUAUAAAGGUCCUCAUCAUUACAAAUCUCAAUUAGAAUUUAGAAGAGAGGUGAGAGAGAGAACACUCCUUGAGCUCCACCCAUAUCACAGCAACACUCUUGUAAAACUAAUUCCUGGCCACGUACAUGGCUUCCCAUAGUGUUGUAAGAUCCAAGAGACUGAUGCACCGUGCAGCCUCUUAUGGAGAAAGAGGGAGCCUUUGCUCACUGUCUCAUCUCCAAAACUAUGAAUAUCUCCGAAUCCAACCCCAAGGUAACUUCAAAGAACAUCAUACUAACAACAUGGGACGUGAAAAGGGUACAAAACGUGGCACGAACCGAGGUAGACAACAAGCACAAAAGCUUCACAGGUUGGGCUUCUCGUACCUUGCAUCUUCUUUUCUUUACAUAGUCAUAAAGGUUAAAGCCUUCUACAAUGGAUUCCUUGGAGAAGUUUCUGGUGAGGCAAAAACAAUGAGCAUUGAAGCACCAAUGACUACUGAGACAUACUUCUCAGUGCCAGUUCUUCCAAAUUAAUACAGUUCCUCCCUCAGUAGGGGCAACAUGCAUGUUCUCAUGUCUGGUUCACUACUAUGUUGGAGCACAUAAAGCAGAAAAUAAAAAAUGUCCCGAUUGUUUAUAUUAUUAAAAUUGAGUAGAAAUUUGUAAGCGGGUUCUGACUGGAGUUGCACUUCUAUGGGCAGGUUUCCUGAGAAGUUCCCUGCUGGAUUAUGAAGUAAAAAUACAUUUUUAGGGAACUAAUUGUAAUGAUGUAAUAAAUAAAAGUUGAACAAAUGUUAUGUUGUUCUACAUAUUGGUGACUUUUUUUUGCCAAAAAGUUGCUGAUGUGCCAAUUAACUACAUCAGUAUAUGUGUGUUAAUUAAGAUGAACUAAUUGCACCACUAAAACAUUGAAUACAAAUAUGUUACAUUUUGAAAGUUCUGAGAAAGUCGAGAUAUUUGAACUAAGACUAUAUUUUUAAGAAUCGUUUCAAGCUCAGAGACUGUGAUUUGAUUAGACCAGCAAACGUUAUUCCAGAAGAUUCAGAGACACAUUUACAUUGUUCCAACUAAACUUGAAUGUGAGAUUAGCUAGCCCACAUAUAUUCUUUUUCUGUGUGAGAUCAGAAUAAGUUCACCAGAAUUUGUAGAAAAUUCCAGAACAUGGACUAACAUAUGCCAUUUCCCACUAUGAGACGAGUCAUGAAUUUGUCACCACUCUACUUGAUGGAUUUGUUUGGCUUCUUCAUCAGUGGAGCUUUCUGAAGAGAAGGAAGCAUGACAUAAAAAAGAAAAAGCUAAUACAAAAAUAAAUUUAACAGUAAUUAAUGUAUGAGAUGGAACAUGUCGAUUCUCAUCAUCCAAUAGGAGAAAGAAAGAGCAGUGUAAGACUAAUAAUAACAGCACAUGUGGAAAACACACCCCAGCAAAAGAUGAAAUUGAAAUGUUUGAAUCAUGAAUGUGUUAAAAGUGAAGAUUAAAAUUUGGGUGCCUUGUUUGCCGUAUAGAUAACGGUUGAUGAGCACUCAAAACUCAAAACGUGAAACUAUAUUAUGAAAAAUCAGAGAGAAAAGUUAUAUAUUUACAUGAGAUUUAAUGUGACUAAAAAAAGACAGGCAGAGAACAAGGAUGUGAAAGAGAUGC